UAGGACGUUCUUUCUUACCUCUGUCUAUGACAGCGAGGGGAAAAACUGGGUCAAGGAAGACAACAAGGUGUCUCUUGACCUUCGUAUCUUACAAGGCUACGGUGUCAAGGCUUUCUCGAUGAAAGCGUUUAACGUGCGUGGCGACGGCACUGAGUUCCGAAUGCUGGAUCCAAAAAAGUUCCUCUCCAAAACCAACGGUUGCCGCGUCACUGGCUCCCUGCCCGUCGUCGAGAGUGCUUUCCUGCUCAGCGGGUCUUUGGUCCAGUUCAACAUUCCAACGGACCAGCUGGCAGGUGUUGUAAUGCGAUACAGGGAACAAUUCACGAAGCUGCGUGUUGCCCAACAAGUGGACUGUGCUUUCGUGCCCAUUGACGCGGGUCCCAAACGACGCCAAGAUCCGCCGGCCACACUGGGUGCGAAGAGGAAGCAAUUGCCAACUCACCCUUCUUCAUCGAAUGCGUUUGCCCAGGCUCUUUCUGCUCCACUCCCGCCCUCACAUCAACAAGGUCAGGAUGCGGCCGAGCAGCCCAGCGAGGCCACAGACUACGACGACGCAGCUCUGCGCCACCGGGCUAAUCCCCAACAUCGUUCCCGGGGAGGUGCAGGUGCCUUCGACGAGGAGGAAUGCGAGGGCCAAGAGGGCCAAGAGGGGGAGGACGGUGGUGAGGAGGACGACGGGGGCAAUGAAGGAGAUGUGGAUGGUGAAGACAAUGACGUGGACAAUGAUAGAUACGUUGGUGGUGAGGAAGUCAAAGACAAUCGCUUCUACCAAUGCGAGCGUCGCCGCGACGUCAAUGAAACACAGACUUGCCGUGGGGAUGACGCAAACGACAUUGGUGAUGCGGACGACGCUGAUGGUCGACCUGCAACCUCCCAUGGAGUGUCGAAGUCACAUAACCAGGCGAAGGAUGAGAGAGACAAACAUGGCUCACAGGGAAAGAUAAAAAGGGGAGAAGUGUCGAUCUCUCGAAUGAGUCAAACGAAACAAGCGAGGAAUGACGCCAUCAAUGAGGCUCGUGGAGCUUUGACGGCAUCCUAGGAAAUGCAGGCUCCUCGAAAAACUGGCAGGGGGGGGCGAACUGGCAAUCAUGGUGACGGUCGUGACGGCUGUAGGAAAGACUCGCAGAGGGUCAAGCCACACGAACUGCGGGACUCGGGGGAUGAGGGCGAGGGGGUGGGGCCUCGCAUGCCCGAAGGUGUUGACGACCCGGUUCAGCACGCUACACCCCUCGACACGAAGCACUGUUUCUUUCUCGAAUACGACGAGCACGGCUUCGCCAGGCAACACGUCCAUGUUGUUAACGUCGACGUCACAAGAAUCAAACGCAUUCCCCGUG